GUGGGGAUUUUUGUUUACAGCAUGGCUGCGUUGUCUGCAAGCCCGUGUUUUCAGUUCGUGGUUAUCAGUCGAAUGGUGCGGUUAAGGGUGUGUUAUUGUGUUAUCAAACGUGUUAAUGAAGCAUGUGAACGAUAAUUAUGUAGCUAAGUUGGAGCAAGCCUCCACAUCUUGGCCAGAUAUUUGUAUCAUGCCUUCCAGGCUGCGCCGUUUUCUCCAGUCCUUGAUACUUCUCUUGGCCAUAGUGUAUACGUCUGUCCUUGUUUACCAAAGAAACGUCGCCGUUCCAGAGAUAAGUUCUCAGCAGUUGGUGACUAGUUGGAAGGAACGCGCGCCGCAGUCGUGGCCUGAAGAGGAGGUGGCGGCUGUAGCCGCCUCCACUGCCCCCGAGGGGCGGUUGACGGCCACCGCACGGCCCCCCACCACCCGUCUCCAGGACAUAUUCAUCAGUGUCAAAACCACCUCCAACUAUCACGAGUGGCGACUGCCUGUCAUACUCAAGACCUGGUUUCAACUCGCCAAGCAGCAGACUUGGUUCUUCACUGAUACGGAUGAUGACCAGUUCCAGGAAAAAACUGCCGGUCACAUGAUAAAUACCAACUGUUCUUCAUCCCAUAAUAGGAAAGCUCUCUGCUGUAAAAUGUCAGUGGAGUUCGACUUUUUCCUGGAGACUGAUAAAAAGUGGUUCUGUCACUUCGAUGAUGAUAACUACGUGAAUGUGCCGAGGCUGGUCAGGCUGCUGGAGGAUUACAGCUCGCAGGAAGAGUGGUACCUCGGCAAGCCGAGUAUCAGGGCGCCUCUCGAGAUACUCAACCGAGAAACCAAACCUAUCAACAAGGGAAACGUUUCCUUUUGGUUUGCCACGGGUGGAGCUGGAUUCUGCCUGAGUCGUGCCUUAGCUCUGAAGAUGGUGCCAAUUGCAAGUGGCGGCAAAUUCAUGAGCAUUGGAGAGAAGAUAAGACUGCCUGAUGAUGUGACGAUGGGUUACAUUAUUGAACACCUGCUGAAGAAGCCAUUGACAGUGAUCGAUCAAUUCCACUCUCACCUGGAGCCAAUGAAGUUCCUCAGACAGGACUCCUUCCACGAUCAGAUAACGUUCAGUUAUUCUACCUACAGCAAGGAUGAAGUCAAUGUUGUCAAACUCGAUGGCUUCAAUAUGCGAGUCGAUCCCACAAGGUUCCUCUCUCUUCAUUGCUUCCUAUUCCCGUACUUUCCGUUUUGUCCCAGAUGACAAAAAGAGGACAAGAAGAAGCAGAACUCUGUCUCCUUUGUUACUGCAAUGGAUGAUGUGAUACUAGACGAUCAGCAUCAAUCCACUGCAUUUAUUCAAGAGGGAAAUGGCGUCAGUGAUAUCAUCAAGUGACAAGUCAUAUAGGAGUGGAGGACCUCCAUUGUAUGUGAUGUGAUAUAGGAAAUGGCCGGACUUCUAAUAUAGGCCCAUAUUAUAUAUAAACACUGAUAGAUCAAUGUUAGUUUUGAUAACUUUUCAAAAUGGUGCUCAAUUAGUCGUGUGUGUUGAUUUUUUCUAGAAAUACUUGGAAUCUGAUGGAUUCAAUUCUAAGCUUAUAAUUCUAUACAAGAAAUACUGAGAAUUAUGAGUGUUUCAAUUUUCUACUUCAGCUUUCAAUUUCUUAAAACUCUCUUUGAAUGGCCUGUCAUUCACCGAUAUUUCACUGAUAUUAUUUAUGAUAUUUUAAUAGCUAUUUUCAAACAGUAAUAUAUUAAUAGUUAUGUAAAUUCCAAUCAUAAUUUAUAACUCUCAUCAUAGAGAAGUAUGCUUAAUCUAUGCUCUUAUCUGAUAAUUUAUAUUCCAAUAAGUAUUCCUUUUUUGAAGCUGAUUUUCAAAAGUGUAAAUUCCAGAUUUUUUCUUAUUUAUAUUCUAGAUGUUUCAAAUUCAUUGUAAAAUUGUUGAUUCGUCUAAUAUUAAGUGCAAUACCAAGAAAUAUCUUGGGUGACUUGAGCAAUAAUCUACUGAUCUCUAAGAUUUCUACAUUACAGAGAAGUAUAUUUCUUAUUUAUUGCUGAAUUCUAGAUUAUUCAAAUUCUGAUAUCUAUUGACAUGCUUUCAUGUCUGUUGAGAGUGCCUUAAAUUCCAUUCAUAUAUGAAUAUUACAAUAAUUGGAAAUUUAAAAUGCAUGUCGUUCCAUACGUUUAAAUCUCAUAUAAUCCAGUAGCAAAUAAUCAUGUACUGUAUUUGGAAUUUUGUGAUUGCUUAUGUAUCAUGAAUAGGCUAGCAAUGAGACAAAAAAUCAAUAGUUAUUUUGUCCCCUCAUAAAAAGAUAUGUAUUAAAAGUAGCGUACUUCAAUUUUUUAUCGGGAAGUUCUAGUUUCAAAGGAAAAUUAUUUUAAUAUUUUUUUUUAUAAAAACAAAUAUAUUUUAGUGAAACAAAUUUUAUCGUAAAUUUUCAACUUUGGUAAUGAAGGACCAGUGUCCAGUGACACUUCCUAUAUUGCUAAACAAUUUGAGAACUUCGAAUUGUGAAAAUCUUCAUGUGAAGAGUGCUGAAUUCACAAAAUCCAAGAUAUAUUUCAAUUCGAAAACUGUGUAAACUUUUUCUAAUUUAUUAUUUCCCUUCAUAAGUUCAUAACUCUUUCUCAUUGCUGCUCUCAAUUUCUAAAGAAACUGCUUUAAGGUUUAUGAUCGAAUUCAAAUUCUAAUCUUGAAAAACAUAGAUUAUAGAAUAAUAAUCUAUAAUCUAUGUUUCAAAUUUAAUGCUGAAUAUAAAAUUGAUUAUCUAGUAGGGUUAAGACUUAUUCGGCUGUGAUGGAUGUAAUUACUGUAUAAACAAUAACUAUUGUAAAAAUAAUUAAGUAAAUAUUUUUAAUCUAAUUCUACUUGUAUCUGUAUUAUCUCAUUGGAUAUGAGAAAUAGUAUUUUGCAAAGGAUUUAUCACCUUUAUAUUCUUACUCAAUACUAAAUCAGUCGUAAAAAUAUUCACUUAUCUAAAUCAAUUUCAUUGAAUGAUUUUCACUGUUAAAUUACUCUGGAAAUAUGAACUUAUCACAUUUUUUCUUACUAGCCUAUUUAAUUCUACUGUUAAAUUGUAUUAUUUAGAUUGUAAAUAUUAAAAGACAAUAUUGUAUUAUAUUAUUGUAAACAUUGACUUGUAUAUUAUGUUGAUUGUUGUUAAUUUUAUAAUUGAUAAUUAUUAUUUUAUCAUAUCAUGUUAGAUGCAUGUUGUUGUGGUUUUAUAGUAUUUGAAAAUUUUGAUGCUAAAUUCUGUUUUCCUAAACUUUUGAGCCCAGGUGGCUGUAUCAAGAAUUUGUUACCAAUUUAUAAAAUGAAAUUUUAUAGGAAUAUUAUUUCAUAAAUAAAUUAUCAAUUUUCAAUAAA